GUGAGUGACGGCCACACCGGCCAAACCAUAUAAACAAUUUUACAAUUUUGCAAUUUCCGAAAUGUUGAAAGUUCGAAUAAUAACGUCAAAAUAUUAAAUGGAAAUCAGCACUAGUGGGAACAGCUUAUGAGGCAGUCAAAACCCGAUUAUUGUUCUUUUCGAAUAAGGCACAGUUUUGAUCUAAAACAGUUUUUCGACCACAACGUGCUUAGAUUAGAGAAAAAAAAGGAUAAUAAAAUGCAAUGAAUUUGAAUAUAUACCAAUUUUGUAUGUGUGCUGAAGGAUCCGUGACUUUCAGCCGAAAGUUUGAGUCGAAAACGUGAUUUUGCCAAGUUUAUGUCUGAGUUUUCGGUUACGUUUUUUAGGACGCUCAUACUUUUUGGUUUCCCGGCGACGACAGUUGCCAGUUGCCGGCGAUGAAGCCCACCCAAAGCGGAGGCACUGCUGGCUCCAAAAUGUCCGAGCCCAUUGAGUAUGUGACACUGAUUAGCGACGAUUCCGACGGCGAACCUUCGCCCAAACGGAACGCAACUGCUCCUGUUGCUACGUCCCAAAAACAGAAGCUGCCGGACGACGACUCCAACGAUGCACCUGCCACCAGCGCCGCUGCGGAUGAGCGGCGCACCAGCAGACGCAACAGGCCCAAGGUAGAUUACAGCAACAGGCCCAGUGGCAGUGGAGAAGCUGCCCCCACCGGCGAGAAGUCCACUCCCGGAUCUUCUUCAUCGUCCAACAACAACCAGCAGGGAGACCGGAGUCGGAGUCAAAACCAAGCCCAAGGUCGGAGGUCGGAGGCGAACGCAAGUUCUGUGUCGGGACAAGCCACGGGAAAUGCGCGACCGACACAGAAUGGAGAUGCGCGGGAACGGGACGUGGGCACGCCCACCGUUCUCUCCGGCCAGGAGGGCGCCGUAUUUCAGUCCCGCCUGCCCUUCAGCAAGAUGACGCCCAACGAGGAGGCCUGCUUCCCGGACAUCAGUCGUUCGGGCAUCCUGGGUCAUCGCGUGUUCCUCAACAUACGAAACAGCCUGCUGCACAUGUGGGUGGACAAUCCCAAGGUGCAGCUGAGCUUCGAGAAUGCUCUGAAAUCGCUGCCACCUCCCUUUGACAGCGAGCCCGGCCUGGUGCGGCGGGUGCACUCGUUCCUUGAACGACACGGCUUCAUCAACUUUGGCAUCUUCAAGCGUCAGCGACCGAUUCCCACGAAAAAACUGGGUAAAGUGAUUGUUAUCGGUGCGGGGAUCUCCGGCUUGGCCGUGGCCCAGCAGCUGCAGCAGUUCGGCAUGGAUGUGAUCGUUCUGGAGGCGCGAGAUCGAGUCGGCGGCCGUAUAGCCACCUUCCGCAAGAACAGCUACAUUGCCGAUCUGGGGGCCAUGGUGGUGACCGGCGUCUACGGCAACCCCAUGACCAUUUUGAGCAAGCAGAUCGGCAUGGACUUGGUGCCCAUACAGCAGACGUGCCCGCUUUACGGGCCCGAUGGCAAGCCGGUGCCCAAGGAGAAGGACGACGUCAUCGAGCUGGAAUUCAAUCGUCUCCUGGAGUCGGCCAGCUACCUGUCACACCGCCUGGACUUCAACUAUGCCGGCAACUGUCCGGUGUCGCUAGGCGACGCCCUCGAGUGGAUCAUCAGCAUGCAGGAGAUGCAGGUAAUGCACAAGCGGGCCCUGCACAUGCAGGAGAUAAUCGCGGCUCAAACGAAGAUCAUUGAGCAUCGGCAACGCAUCAAGUCGGUCAAGCAGACCAUCGACACACUCCGAAGCGAGCAUGCGGCGCUGGUGAAACAGCGAACGCCCAAGGGCGUGGAGAGUGACCUAACGUACGCGCGCCAGGAGUUCAGCAUACGCAACACCCAGUUCAAGCUGGACGAAGCCGUCAAGCUGUUCGGUGAGCUCCGCGACGAGGACAAGCAGAUGGAGACGAAGCUCCACGAGAUGGAGCAGAACAGACCCAGCGAUGUGUACCUCUCCUCCCGGGACCGACUCAUCUUGGACUGGCACUUUGCCAACCUGGAGUUCGCGAAUGCCACCCGACUAAACAACCUGUCACUGAAGCAUUGGGACCAGGACGAUGACUUUGAGUUCAUUGGCCAUCACACCACCGUUCGCAAUGGGUAUUCCUGUGUGCCAGUGGCCCUCACCGAGAAUCUGGACAUCCGGGUCAAUAGUGCCGUCAAGGAGAUCAAAUACGGUACCCAUGGCGUGGAAGUGGUGGCCGAGAACCUGAAGACCUCCAACUCACAGAUGACAUACAAGGCCGAUCUGGCGGUAUGCACCCUAACGCUGGGCGUCCUGAAAGUGGCCGUGGCCCACGAAGAGUCCCAGCAAAGUAAUACCGUCAAGUUUGAUCCUCCGUUGCCGGAUUGGAAGCAGCAGGCCAUACGCAGGCUAGGAUUCGGUAACCUAAAUAAGGUGGUGCUUUGUUUCGAUCGUAUUUUCUGGGAUCCCAAUGCGAAUCUCUUUGGUCAUGUGGGCAGUACCACCUCCAGUCGGGGAGAAAUGUUCCUUUUCUGGAGCAUCAGCUCGUCGCCCGUGCUGUUGGCUUUGGUCGCUGGCAUGGCCGCCAACCUUGUGGAGAGCGUGACGGACGACAUAAUCAUUGGGCGAUGCAUGUCGGUGCUGAAGAACAUCUUUGGCAAUACCUCUGUUCCACAGCCUAAGGAGACGGUGGUCACACGCUGGCGCAGCGAUCCCUGGGCCCGUGGCUCCUAUAGCUAUGUCUCCGUUGGAUCCUCUGGCAGCGACUAUGACCUACUGGCGGCACCUGUCAUUCCGCCAUCAAGUAAGGAGGCGGAAGGUCUGCCUCGCUUGUUUUUCGCUGGAGAGCAUACGAUACGGAAUUACCCGGCCACCGUGCACGGAGCCUACUUGAGCGGACUGCGAGAAGCCGGUCGUAUUGCAGACUACUAUUUGGGCUAUCCAGAGGGCACGCCGCCGGAUAUUGGCUAUUCGGUGGCCGAGGCGGCCAACCUGGUGAACGUCGGUAACGUUGUUAAGCUGCGCGACCUCUCGCCAAAUCUCUCCGACUCGCCGUCUUCGAAGAAGUCGGAGGAGAACUCAAACUCAAACACUGCCGACUCCGCGGAGCUACAGUAAAGCAUGUAUUUAGUUAACUAAUUUCAGGUCCUUCGACUGGUCCUCGAUUGUGUAUAUACCUAAGACAAUUCCACCGUAUAUUUAAGCUGCAAUUCAAACAAAUAUUUCAUUACCUUUGAAUUACAACCUGUACAAAUUAAGAGAGAGAAAAACAAAGCAAUAACAUCGAACAUAGCACCAAGUUUACCAGCUCCCUUUUUUUAUCAUAUAACUGAGCUAUAUCUAUGGGCGAGUAUUAUGUGUUCUUUAUUUUAGAUUGUGAAUUUAUGAAGGUCUUACUUUGUCUGUCUAUUCAUUUGUUUAGUUGUCAAUAGAAGUUGGAAAAGCAAUGCUAUUUAAUUUAAACUUUCUAUGCUGUAAUUGUCCUUGCGUGAACUUAUAUUUGUAAACAAUAAGCAUGUUUUGUAGAUAAUAUUCUGAUUUGCAACUGUUUAAAACGAGCAUUUAAAAUAAUAUACCCAAGCUUAAAUCUAAGUUCUUUUUUUCUAGAGGACAAACUUCCAAGGGGAGAAUAACAGACGGAGCAUUUAUCAACGCUUUUGUGGGAGCAACCAACGAAAUUCAACUU